UUACACAUCAGGGCGUAUAAUGAAGACCCUAACUAUUAUUUUGGAAGUAUUCAUUGCCGUGACAUGGAAAACUUACCAUCACAAUACAACAUAACCAGAGAACAGACUCAAGCUGCUACUCAUUGAAGACCAGUCUUGGACGGUAAGCUUGGAAACUGUCAUGGUGUCCCAGGGACAUGAGGUAUAGAGACAGGAAAAGUGAAAAAGCUGAAAUGGUCAUUUUUCAUUAAAAGUUGGUGUCAUAUUAUGUCUGAGCUUUGGCACCCCAGCAGAGAAAUGGAGGGAUAUUUUACAGUACAGAUCGACCAGGUAAGUUAUGGGUAGGGGACAGCUGUGUGAGCCUAAUUCAGUCUGCACCAAUGCUGUGAAUAACUGCAUCUGUGGCUGUUUGCAUUGCCUUGUAACGUCAGGAGUGUGCAAGUUCCUAAGUUACACUUCCUCCUUCUCCUCAUGCUCUCACUUCCCCUUUUUCUUUCUUCAUCCCUCUUUUCUGCCUAUGCAGAAGCACAAACUCUGUAUAUGGCUGCUCUCUUUGUUUAGAUGACUGAAUUGCUAUAGAUACAGUAUUUGUUUUAUUUCGCUUAUAUUUCCUUUCUGUUUAAUCUCCACACCUGGUACAAUCUAUGGGUUUUCACAAUGCUUUCUGGAAGGUCACAGAGGGAUGUAGAGAAAUUUGCUGGAAAAGAGAACAGGAAGAGUACCUUUACAAAUCUUUAACAUUAGUAAACUGUAAGUUUUAUAACACAUUCCAGUCACAAAUUGUUGUCACUUUGCAUUACAUAAUGUCGCAGAACACAGUAAAAUAGCAAAAUGUGUGUUAUUGCAAGCAUCUCUUUGUACAGCUAGUGUACGUUUGUACAGGGCGUCCAUGGCAAUGUUUUUGUAAAUGGAAGGCUGCAGGGGUGGCCUCUGUGAGAAGAGACCAGAGGCUGCUCUGUGCUGGCCACAGACAUUCCAACCAGACCCACAACAGGACACAGCUGAGACCCUUAGCCACUCCGGUCAUGCCUCUGGGAAAGUGUAUUUAAGAAAACGCAGAAAAAGACAGGUAGGCAGACGGAACAAAAAGAUCAGCAGAAAAAAAGAAAAAAGAAAAAGAAAAAGAAAAAGAAAAAGAAAAAGAAAAAGAAAAAGAAAAAGAAAAAGAAAAAGAAAAAGAAAAAGAAAAAGAAAAAGGAAAAGGAAAAGGAAAAGGAAAAGGAAAAGAAAAAGAAAAAGAAAAAGAAAAAGAAAAAGAAAAAGAAAAAGAAAAAGAAAAAGAAAAAGAAAAAGAAAAAGAAAAAGAAAAAGAAAAAGAAAAAGAAAAAGAGAAAGAAAAAGAAAAAGAAAAAUUUACUCCACUGAGAUCGUGACAAUGGCAAACUGAACCAAAAGGCAACAUCGGAGAAGAACAAAUCUUGUGAAAAUUAGGAAGAUUUGAGCCUGUCUUUGGAGCGAAGCUGGGAAAUCUCCUAGUGGAAUUCUAGGAUCAUGUAAAACCAAAAGGCCAAAGAAGAACACGCAGAAACCCUCUUUCCCUACUGAAAUCACCAUUAGGUGCAGUUUUUCAGCUUUGAAGUCCCUAGUGUAUUCCAGCCCAUGAAACUGAAUUAAGAAGAUGGAGCACCAUGCUGAAUAACAGACUUUCCCAAGCCCUUUAUGUGUAGGAGAGAGAGACAUUUCUUGAAAUGUUGUACCCUUCAUGGAAACGAAUAUCAAGAAAAAGAAUGUGAACAAAGCCUGUAACACUCUACCAAGUGCCAGAGAAACCCCUGCUAGUGUCUCUGGCAUCUUGAUUUCAGAGCAGGUUUCACCAUCUGAUGUGUCAGAUCUUCCCAGAACUUUGCCCGAAAUAGUACAUCUAGAAGAAAAACCCCACAGAAGGCGACCAGGCACUGUACUAAUAUCAAAACGGUCAGAUUCUUCAAACAUGUCUCAGACACCACUGAAUAGGCCUGUCAUCCCACCAAGGAGACCUGGCUUCAUGGUGUGCUACAUCUGUGGCAGAGAAUUUGGGUCACAAUCUAUUUCUAUACAUGAACCCCAGUGCCUAGAGAAGUGGCGUGUUGAAAACAGUCAGCUACCAAGGCAUCUCAGAAGACCAGAGCCCAGGAAACCUGAGGCCCCUACUGGUGGUUCCUGUAUGCUUUCAGCUGAAAAUGAGGCAGCUUAUCACAGUGCUCAAGCCCAGCUCCUGCCCUGUGGAAACUGUGGCCGAACCUUUCUUCCUGACCGUCUCAUUGUGCACCAAAGGAGCUGCAAAGGUGGUAGCAGUAAUGUGGGGCUGUCAAGAUUUAACCCACAUAAACCUGGUAAAGGCCCAAGCUCUGGGUCAGGCUCAGCAAGUGACAAUCCAUCCAAGACUCGUCAGGAAAAGAGCCAAGCUACACGAGCCGUGUUAGACAAGGCACAAGUGGUAAGACGUCCACCAACAGUGAUUUGUUACCUAUGUGGCCGUGAGUAUGGAACAAAAUCUAUUAGUAUCCAUGAGCCACAAUGCCUGAAAAAAUGGCACCAGGAGAAUGAAAUGCUACCCAAGCACCUGAGAAGACCAGAACCCAAAAAGCCUGAAGUCAUACCCCUGCAAGCCAAAGGUUUCUAUGAUCUUGAUUCUUUAAAUGAGGCUGCCUGGAUCAGCGCCCAGAACCAGCUAGUUCCAUGUGAUAUUUGUGGGCGUACUUUUCUUCCAGAGAGGCUGACCGUCCACCAGAAGUCCUGUAAGCCAAAAUCUUCGAAGCAGAUGUAAUACACAUGCAUACACAUGCAUGUGUGCUCUCACACACAAAUGCACACACACAAAAGUCUGUGUGUGCAUGAACACACACACAUGCAUUCAUGCCUUUUAGCCAAACUGUCAGAGAAAUAAAGUACAGCUGGAGAGCCAUGGGCAUCAAAACUGCAAAGUGUCAUCAGAUCAUGUAAUCCAAAAGCCUCCAGAGUAAAAUCAGCUGUUGUUACUGUAGUGUAAGGUCAAAUAUGGUCAAAUUUUUUUAGGCCAGCAGUAGCAAAAAUGCCUUCUCAUUUCUACUGUUCAAGUAGUCUCACCUUGAGACCACUGUCUGAGAAGGGUGGCAUAAGAAUACUUGGAAGGAACAUGAACUGUCAUCCUUCUCUUGAGACUGCACCUUUUUGGGGGCAGGAGAACCCAAGUGAAGAAUCCUCCCAGUCUGCUUUCUGAAUAGCUGUACUGUCCUCAUCUCCAUUUGUCAAAUGUGGGAUGUUCUUCAGUCCCAUUCCUUUCACAGCCUUUCAGAUUUAGCUAACUGGACCUUUGAAAGAAGUUGUGCCUUCAGCAUUCUUUUUCCAGUUUACAUGGCAUGUUUGUUAUUUUGUCUUCAGCGAAGAACAGAAAAAAAUAGGUCACAGUUGUUAGAAAUAUUCCACUGCAGAGAUCACCAAGGGAGAAUCCCACAGGGAUCCACCCUAUGGUCUUGCUUUUCAACAGAUCUGUGUGACUGGGAGAGAUGGUCUAAUGUCAGGAGCAACCUUGUCUGCAUAUCCCUUGCUCAGUGGAUAUAUUCCAGAAACUGAAGCUUCAGACACCAUUUAGGAACUGAGCAUUUCAAUGAGGAGGAACUAACUGAAUCUCAGUGAAAGCAAACCAGGAGUGUUAAUCAUGAAAAGUAAUUAUUCAGAAAUUUUGUUUCUCCUGUAUCAAAGACUUGUCUAGUUAGUGUAAUGACCUCUAACUGAACUUGACUAAUCAGAGAAACCUUUGGGUUUGUUGUUUCAGGUUUGUUUGGGUUUGGGUUUUUUGGGUUUUUGUUUUUGGUUGGUUGGUUUUGUUUGGGGUCUUUUUUGUGGUUUUGUGUUUUCUUGGUUUUUUGCUUUGUUUUGGUUGGUUGGUUGGUUUGGGGUUUUUUGUUGUUUGUUGUUGUUUAUUCAUUUGUUUGUUUGUUUGUUGAAUUUGUGAGUGUGCAUGUGUCUCCUUGUCCAUCUUUAGAACAAGACUAUUCUUUGUCUCAUACUCAGAGUUUAAAUCCACAGAGCAUUCAAGUGUUCACAUCCUUAUGGGAGAGUGCAUCUUAUGAAGCCCUGGACUGCUACAGGUGAAAUAUCCCCAUAUAAAGUCAUGGGAUGGAAGCAAAGAUGAGCUGGUUUUAGAAAACACCCCAGAAGUGCACUCUUCUUGGAGCAUUUCAUGCUUAAGAAUGAUACUGACCAUGUGAUUUGUCCUUAGCUCAAUAAAAUGAUUGUGCCAAAAAUUUUAUAAGUUAGCAGAGCACAUCUUUGUCAUGAACUUGGUAACAGAAAACACAUUUUUAUGUCAUGCCAAAACAAGCACGGUGUGUCAGAUGUUUGGAAUAAAAUACCAUCCUGCCCUCUGUGCCAAAUGUGAUCAAAACAGAGUGCUAGUAUGGGCAAGAAGGGUAGGUAUCUUACAAGAAAACAGUAGGGAGUGUGUUUGAAUGUGCUAUUUUGAAAAAUGCUAUUAUUUUACGUAGCAAAAUCAGUGCCAAAACACGUCAGUGAAUAGAUUUAACAUAGAAAAGAAGUAACACUCCCUUUAACAAGGUACAGCAGAGAGCACUUUUUAUUAUUACUUUAUUUACUCUGAAGUGUUUUAUUAAGUAGCCAGUAAGGUUAUUCAAAAGGUAUGAAAAAAAUCUAAUACAAGUUUUUAACCAGCAAUAUAGACUUCCUGAUACCACAAAAGAAACUGUACCUCAAUGUAUGUUUCCGCUUUCAGACUUAAGGCCCUGAAACGGGCUGUUCUGUAUUGUGACCAACGUAACUUUUCUCGGAGCAUUCACACUUACUAUUGUACUUACAAAUCAGACUAAGUGAAUGUCUUCAUACACACUAAAACAAAAUAUGGGUACCAGCAACUUUUCUUUUUCCAAGCUAUCAAGCUCUGUGAUUUGUAGCAUAAGUGAAAUAAGAAGUAAUAUCAUUGUUCUGCUAUUAGAGGAACACUCCUGGCUCCAGCCCCGUUGGGCUGUUAAUUCAGACUGGGAGAGGUACGAGCAUUCUUUGGUGAAAAUAAUUUCCAAAACAAUCAAUAGGACCUCAGAAGCCCUUUCAGCUUCAGAAUGAGAAUUGUAUUGCCUGAAGACAAAUAUUCUCAGAAGGCAAAGGUUCACUUUCUGUUCUACAGUGCAAAGCUAUGUAAAUCCUACAGAUCUGUCCUUGUCAGUGUAAGGAGACUCACUGAUGGACCUGGACUGGUGCCAUCCCUCCUUCUUUUGCCUGGGAGAAGGCAUGUGGCCUGAAGAAAGAACAACGGAGCCACCAGCCUGUGAUUGCUAGACUGUCUCCUAGAAACUGCUGGCAGGCAACAUACACUGCAAGACCCUGGAGACUAUUGUAAUUCACAGUAGGUACGGCCCACUGAAAAACAGCUUGGUAACUGGAGGAUUAUGUAUGUCAUGCAAUCUCUCAUUUGUGUUCCCUCUUCCUCUUCCAGGACCUCUCUUCUGUUUGUCAGACUUGCUAAGCUACAUAGAAUCACUUUAGCUGGAAAAAAUCCUCAAGAUCAUUGAGUCCAAUGGUUAACCUCACACUGUCAAUAAACUGUGUCCCCAAGAACCUUACCUACACAACUUUUAAACAACUCCAGGGAUGGCGAUUCAACCAUUUCCCUGGGCAGCCUGUUCCACUGCUUCACAACCCUUUCCAUGAAGAAAUGUUUCCUAAUAUCCAAUCUAAACCUCCCCUGGUACAACUUGAGGCCAUUUCCUCUCAUUCUAUCACUUGCUACUUGGGAGAAGAGACCAACACCCCCCAUGCUACAACUUCCUUUCAGGUAGUUGUAGACAGCCUCCUUUUCCUCAAGGCUAAACAACUCCAUCUCCCUCAGCCAUUCCUCAUAAGACUGGUGCUCCAGACCCCUCACCACUUUUGUUUCCCUUCUGUGUACACCCUCCAGCACCUCAAUGGCCUUCCUGUAGUGUGGGGCCCAAAACUGAAAACAGGAUUUAAGGUAGGCCCUCACCAGUGUCGAGUAGAAGGGGAUGAUCACUUGCCUAGCCCUACUGUCCAUACUAUUAUUGAUACAAGCCAGGAUGCUGUUGACCUUCUUGGCCACCUGGGCACACUGUUGACUCCUAUUCAGCUGGCUGUUGACCCACACUCCCAGGUUCUUUCCCAGCAAGCAGCUUUCCACCCACUCUUCCCCAAGCCUGUAGCAUCACAUGUGGUUGUUGUGACCCAAGAGCAGGACCUGGCACUUGGCCUUAUUGAACCUCAUACAAUUGGCCUCAACCCACUGAUUUAGCUGGCCUAGAUGCCUUUGUAUAGCCUUCCUACCCUCAAGCAGAUCAACAGUCCUGCCCCAUUUGGUGUCAUCUGCAAACUUACGGAGGGUGCACUCACCCCCUUCAUCCAGAUCAUUGGUAAAGAGAUUAAACAUAACUGGCCCCAAGACUGAAUCCUGGGGAACACCACUUGUGACCAACCACCAACAAGAUUUGACUUCAUUCAUGCCAGCUCUGUGAGCCCAGCCAUCCAACCAGGUUCUUAUGCAAUAAAGAGUCAUCAAGCUUCUUUACAGUCACUUCAAUAGCAGAAACAUGUUUGAAAGAAACUAAGCACAAUUACUGCAGUUUUUUGAAUUAAAAAUUUUGCCCUGCCUUCUGGUGGGCUUCAGAUGUCAGAGUCCCUGUGUAAUUCUGAAAGUUGGACUCAGCAUCCUGAUGAUUUUAGAUCUGUCAGAAAUUUCACCCAGAAGAGUUUUUGUGUGUUUUGUUGUCAGGUCUGCUCUUGUUUAUUUUUUCUUUUUUGGAUUAUUAUCUCCAAAAGUAAUAAAAUCUGCCUGAUGAACUGUGCAGAGAGUUUAUAAACAAUCACAAAAGUCCUGAUAUUAACUGUACUUUUAACGUGCUAUUGUGUCUUGUCCAGAAAUAGCACUGUAUGGGAACUCCUGAAGCCAUAACCCUCUAGUAUGGUUUCCACAUUAGGGCUUAAACUGUGCCAGGGGAAAUUUAGGUUGGAUAUUAGAAAGAAAUUCUUUACAGAGAGAGUGGUCAGGCAUUGGAAUGGCCUGCCCAGGGAGGUAGUGGACUCGCCGUCCCUGGAGGUUUUUAAACUGAGAUUGGACAUGGCACUUAGUGCCAUGAUCUAGUAAACGGACUAGAGUUGGACCAAGGGUUGGACUCAAUGAUCUCUGAGGUCUUUUCCAACCCAGUCGAUUCUGUGAUUCUGUGAUUCUGUGAUUUGGCAAAUUAAGAGUUGUCUCUGCUUAUAGGUUGUUGCUGCUGAGCUCUCAAUAUAACACAGGAUCUGUGAAACAGUGAGCCUUACCACUCACAGAGGCAAGUCAAUUUUGUGCUGUGAGGACUGAUGGUGAGACCAGAGCAUGCAGGAAUUCAGCAGGAGGCAAUAGCCCUCAGAAGGAUCUCAGAAGCUGUAACAUCCCCUUCCUUCCAUAACAUCCCUGAGACAAUGAUUUUCAAAAUAUGUAGAAAUAUAAAAAAUAAAAAAUACUCUCACAGGAGUGCGUAUUGUCCCAUUUCAGACUCUGACAAGAUAUCACUGUUACAUCUUCAGGUUACUCUGAGCUUUUCUGCUGAGUUUACCAGCUCUGGUGUUAGCUUGUGCCAAUGAU